UUCAGAGUUUGCAUCGAGGAGCGUUUUCCAGGGCUGUCCUCCCACAUCGAGUUGGUAAUGGCCUUCCUUGGGAGUGCGGUUCGGCAGGUGGGGUCAGCACUGCGGCCUCCUCUCCCCGCUCUUUGUCGGACCAGCGCUCGGUCCUACAGCUCAGAUCCCACCAAGGAAAAAAGCGUCCCCUACAAGAAGACUCUCAAACAGGAGGACGGAGCAUCCUCUGGACCCACUAAGCCUUUACCCCAGUCAGCUGAUGUAGUGGUGAUUGGAGGAGGAAGUCUCGGCUGUCAGACCAUCUACCAUCUGGCUAAAAUGGGCCUGACCAACGCAGUUCUGCUGGAGAGAGACAGACUGACUGCUGGCACCACCUGGCACACUGCAGGCUUGCUGUGGCAGCUCCGGCCCAGUGAUGUGGAGGUGGAGCUCCUGGCUCACACCAGAAACGUCGUCAGCAAAGACCUGGAGGAGGAGACGGGCCUCCACACGGGCUGGAUCCAGAACGGAGGACUCUUCAUCGCCUCCAACAAGCAGAGACUGGACGAGUACAAGCGGCUCAUGUCGCUGGGUAAAGUCUAUGGUAUCGAGUCUCACGUCCUUUCACCUGCCGAGACCAAGGACCUUUAUCCACUGAUGAAUGUCGAUGACCUCUACGGGACCCUGUACGUUCCUAAAGACGGUACCAUGGACCCUGCAGGCACCUGUACCACCCUGAGCAGAGCUGCCAGCGCCAGGGGAGCCACGGUGAUCGAGAACUGCCCUGUGACCAGAAUCCAAGUACGAACAGACGACCUCGGGGUUAGGAGGGUCAGGGCGGUGGAGACCCCCCAUGGGACCAUCGAGACACCUUGUGUGGUGAACUGUGCAGGGGUGUGGGCCACCAAGCUGGGAGAAAUGGCCGGAGUCAAAGUUCCUUUGAUUGCGAUGCAUCACGCCUAUGUGGUGACAGAGAGAAUAGAAGGCAUACAGGUCUCCAAUCUUAUUGUGUCAGGUAUGAUGCUGGGAGGUGGCUGUGGAAGAGAGCUGGCCCACUGGAUCAUACAUGGUCGCCCUGAAAGGGACAUGUAUGGAUACGACAUCAGGCGUUUUCAUAGUUCACUGACAGACAACAAACGCUGGAUCAGAGAGAGGAGCCAUGAGUCAUAUGCUAAGAACUACUCCGUGGUGUUCCCCUUUGAUGAGCCGCUGGCCAGCCGCAACAUGAGGAAGGACCCUUUCCAUCAGGUGCUGACUGAGCAGGGCUGUGUGUUUCAAGAGCGCCAUGGUUGGGAGAGACCAGGCUGGUUCAACAAAGAUGGGCCUGUUCCUGUUAAAGACUAUGAUUAUUAUGGCGCUUACGACAUUAAGAUGAACGUAAACUACAAGUACAACAACCUCCUUGGCAAAGAGUACACCUUCGACUUCCCUCCACAUCACGAUGUGAUUAAGAGCGAGUGUCUCUCAUGUAGAAACAGUGUGGCUGUGUUUAACAUGUCCUACUUUGGGAAGUUUUAUCUCACUGGACCGGACGCCAAGAAGGCAGCUGACUGGAUGUUCACGGCUGAUGUCAACAAGAAGCCAGGUUCCACCGUGUAUACCUGCAUGUUGAACAAAAGAGGGGGUGCUGAGGCCGACCUGACGGUGAGCAGAUUGGAGCCCUGUGCUGCCAACCUGCCCCUGGCACCAGAGUCCAAUGGCGAUGCGUACUACCUGGCCAUCGGAGGCGGUGUCGCAGAGCACAACUGGAACCACAUUAGAACUGUUCUUCAGGACCAAGGCUUCCGGUGCCAGCUGACAGACCACUCAGAAGACAUGGGGAUGAUCAGCAUCCAGGGACCCAAGAGCUCCUCUGUACCCUCGCUGUCAUCCCAGGUGCGAGCGAUGCGCCUGUCGUUUGUCGGAGAGCUCGGCUGGGAGCUGCACAUUCCCAAAGACUCUUGUAUUCCCGUCUACAGAGCUGUCAUGGCUGCCGGUGCAAAGCACGGCAUCAUCAACUCAGGCUACAGAGCCAUCGACUCGCUCAGUAUAGAGAAGGGUUAUAGACAUUGGCAUGCCGACCUUCGCCCUGAUGACACGCCCCUGGAGGCGGGGCUUGCAUUCACCUGCAAACUGAAGAGCUCCAUCCCCUUUCAAGGGCGUGAAAGACUGGAGAAACAGAAGGAAGAGGGGCUGAAGAGGCGCAUCGUCUGCUUCACUAUCGAUGAGAAAGUACCAAUGUUUGGUUUGGAGGCUGUUUUCCGAAACGGUGUUCCCGUUGGUCACCUGCGACGAUCCGAAUAUGGCUUUUUUAUAGACAAAACUCUUGCUUAUGGAUACAUCCGCAACCCUAAUGCAGGAGUGGUGAGUGCCGAUUUCAUUAAGAGUGGCGAGUUCACCCUGGAGAGGAUGGGAGUGACGUACAAGGCCAAAGCUCACCUCAAAUCUCCAUUUGACCCCGAGAAUAAACGUGUCAAAGGGAUCUACGAUUGAAAAAGACCGCAAACGUAGAAAAACGGA